AAAAUUAAAACAAAAUAAUUAGCACGCGCAAAUUAGCACGCGCAAAUUAGCACCGGUCCAUGCGCACGUUAGACACAUCCUCCAAACAAUCAAACCCUCAACUCCACUUUUCUCCAACCAAACCUCCAUUUCAACCUGUAUUCUCUUCACAAUAUCAUCAGCCAUCAAAUCUGUAAGCAAAAUCAACGAUGACGGAGGCAGCAAUAAGGAACAAACCAGGUAUGGCAUCCGUCAAAGACAUGCCGCUCCUCCAAGACGGUCCUCCACCCGGCGGUUUUGCUCCGGUCCGGUACGCACGCCGGAUCCCCUCCAAAGGCCCCAGCGCCGUCGCCAUAUUCCUCACCGCUUUUGGUGCUUUCUCUUGGGGCAUGUAUGAGGUCGGUAAGGGGAAUAAGAUCCGUAGGGCAAUAAAGGAGGAAAAGUAUGCUGCCCGGAGGGCUAUUUUGCCCAUGCUACAAGCUGAAGAAGAUGAAAGAUUUGUGAAAGAAUGGAAGAAAUAUUUGGAGGAAGAGGCCCGUAUAAUGAAAGAUGUGCCUGGGUGGAAAGUCGGUGAAAGCGUUUAUCACUCGGGAAGAUGGAUGCCUCCAGCAACCGGUGAAAUGCGACCAGAGGUCUGGUAAAUCUAUGGUGAUGAUGACUCAUGAGUGGUUAAGUUCAUGUCACAAACUUUUAAAAUAAAUCUCAUCAGUUUGUGGUACUUCCAAAUGUUUGAUGAAGUGGCCCUUCUGUGUUGGGAUGUUAGACUGAGGCUAUAUCUGGUUUAUGGGUAUUUGGCAAUCUGCUCAUGGUAUGAUAAUGUGUCAAUCUUUUUGUUAGACAUAACUUUUAUAUAUGUACUUUAUUUCUUUUAAAUUUAUAAAAUCCCAAUGCUACCCUUGAAGAGAAA